CCCCGACGGCCAUCAAGUGUCCGCUCGUAUCGGGAGCUAUUCUAAACGGCAUUUGUCAUACUAUGAGUGAAACCUACGUCUCCACAAGUGUUUGUUUAUUGUUGAUAAGUGUAUGAUAUCGUGACGGUUGUCGGCGAGCUUUGUGGCAUGUUUUGUGAAAGUUGACGGAGGUUGUUAAGGAACUUCGGGUGUCUCGCGUAGAUAUAGCAUGGCGGGGUCCGGGGGGACCGAGUGGGCGGAGGGCGCAGCGGUGUGGUUCCAGCCCCCCGGCGCGUCCGCGCCGCUCCCCGGCCAGCUGGUCGAGGUGCACCGAGCUGCGAGAGUGCUGCUCGUCAGCGCGGUCGUCAACUCACAGCCCCAAACCUUCGCCCUCCAAAUGGGGACAGGCGAGGAGGAGGGCGACCCGGUGUGGCCGCGCGAGGAGCUGGGCCCCACCGGCGUGGAGGACAUGACGCGGCUGCACGACCUGCACGAGGCCGCGCUGCUCUGGAACCUCAAGCUGCGCUACGAGCAGGGGCUCAUCUACACCUACGCCGGCUCCAUACUGGUCGCCGUCAACCCGUACCGGCCCGUGGAUGCGCUGUAUGGACUGCAGACUGCAAGGAGGUACCACGCAGCGGAAGCCCUGGGCGAUCUCCCCCCACACCUGUUUGCCAUAGCCGCGGCUGCGCGCGCAUCUCUGCCGCAUCCGCAGGCCAUUCUCAUAUCCGGCGAGUCCGGCGCGGGCAAGACGGAAUCCACCAAGCUAGCAGUACAGUUCCUCGCUGCUGUCGCCCCUGCCCCACCAGGCAGAGCGCCCGUUUCAGAACAGAUCCUCGAGGCGGCACCGCUGCUAGAGGCCUUCGGAAACGCUAGAACACCAAAAAACCACAAUUCUAGUCGAUUCGGAAAACUUCUAGAACUGUAUUUCAAAGACGGCGCGUUGGCCGGCGCGCGAGUAGCGCAUUAUUUACUUGAAAAGUCGAGAAUAGUCACACAGUCCCCUGGCGAAAGAAAUUAUCACGUGUUUUACGAGCUACUCGCUGGUUUAGACGAGGAGCAAAGGAAAGCUAGAGGUCUUUUGUCUGCUGAGCAUUAUUUUUAUUUGAAUCAAGGAGGCGAUUCAGGUGGAGCGGGCGCUGGCGCCGACUGGUCUGCUCUUUGUGGUGCCAUGCAAGUGCUCGGUAUUGGGGACGCCGAACGAGAAGACAUUAUCAGAGUAUUAGCAGCUGUUCUUCACUUAGGAAAUGUUUAUUUUCAUAGAAGACAGCUUCGACACGGUCAAGAGGGUGUGCAGUUAGGUGGCGGAGCGGAGGUGCGUUGGGCGGCACAUCUUUUAAAGGUGCCUGCGGAAGCUAUGGCUAGGGCCCUGACUACCCGGGUGACUGCAGCCCGCGCUGAGCGUAUGAGGUCGCCAUUACCGAUCGACCAAGCUUUAGACGCGAGAGACGCGUUCGCUAAAGCCCUAUACUCGUCCUUAUUCAAUUGGCUGGUCCUCCGAAUCAACUCGAUCGUGCACCGAGCGGGCCUGCACGACGCACACCGAAUUUCUCUCCUCGAUAUCUUCGGCUUCGAAGACCUGGAAGAGAACUCAUUCGAGCAAUUAUGCAUAAACUUUGCGAACGAAACGCUGCAGCACUAUUUCAACAAGCAUAUUUUCAAAUUAGAGCAGCAGGAAUAUCAGAAAGAAAGGUUGGAGUGGUCAAAUCUCGCGUGGAACGACAACUCUCCAGUGAUACAGCUUCUGAGCAAGAAGCCAGUGGGCAUCCUACACCUGCUGGAUGAUGAGAGCAACUUCCCGCGCGCGUCCGACGCAUCCUUCUUGGAAAAGUGCCAUUACAACCACGCUCUCAACGAACUGUACUCGAGGCCCAGACUGGGAGCGAGCGAAUUUGGCGUGAAGCACUACGCGGGCCAGGUGUGGUACAACGUGGAGGGAUUCCUGGACAAGAACAGGGAUGCGUUGCGCGGGGAUGUGCUAGAGUUGCUGUGCUCCAGUGAGGUUCCUCUGGUGGCAGAGAUGAGCGCGCAAUUGCGGGCGCAGCAUGACGCGAAUAAGACACUGCCGCGGGGUGCCAAUGGACGAUUCGUCACCAUGAAGCCGAGGACGCCCACAGUCGCUGCCAGGUUCUCCGACAGCCUGCACCAGCUGCUGGACUCCAUGUCGCGCUGCAACCCCUGGUUCGUGCGCUGCAUCAAGCCCAACACCGACAAGUCGCCCAUGAGGUUCGACAUGCCCUGUGUGCUGGCCCAGCUCCGGUAUACUGGCAUGCUGGACACCAUUAAAAUCCGGCAGACUGGGUACCCCAUCAGGAUACCCUUCCAGAACUUCGUUGAUAGAUACCGGUACUUGCUGAAGUCGACCCCAGCGCGCUCCACGCCCUACCGGGAGAUAUGCAACUCCAUACUGGCCGAGAUGCCACCCACCGGCGCUGGUGGUGCGGACUACCAGCUAGGCGCAGCGCGCGUGUUUCUGCGGGAGGCGCUACACCGGGCGCUGGAGCGCGCCCGAGCUGACAAGCUACGUGCAGCUGCAACAGCUCUACAGGCUCGAGCCCGAGGGUUCCUUGCUAGAAAGCGCUACAACGCAAUGCGCGCGUCAGCGGUAAAGAUCCAGGCGUUCUGGCGCGGGCGGCGUCAGCGCUCGCGCUUCGUGCGCGCGCGGCGCGGCGUGGUGCGCGCGCAGGCGCUCGUGCGCGGCCGCCGCGCGCGCAAGCUCGCCAUGCACUUGCGGGAACAGCAACGCAGGAGGCAGGACCUGCAAAUGCAACAAGCCAAGCGGCGAGCAGCCGAGCAGAAGGCGAAGGCCGAGAGCCUGCAAGUGCUGGAAGUGCCGGCCGAGUUGGCCUUCAUCUUGUCCAAGCUGGACGAGUGGCAGCCGCCGCACUCCGAGAGAAACAUGGCCAAGGUGGCCGGCGACGUAUACGCGGAAGACGAACGCAUUCAGCUGCCACGAGACUUGCAGCAGUUCGCAUUCGCCAAGUUCAGCUCCGUAUACUUCGCUGAUGGCGGCCAGCUCAGCCCGCGCAAGCACCCCAUCUCGAGGCCUUUCCUCGCCAAAGCCGCUGUCAGGGAUCAAGAUUUCAACGACGCUGUCGCUACGUUCAAACUAAUAUUGAGAUGGUGUGACGAAUCAGCAGCUGGCAAUGAAGCCAGACAAAAGAUCUUAGCCGACUACAUAGCCUCUCGAGGCCUAGCAUCCAGAGGCCUACGAGACGAGAUUCUGGUGCAGCUGUGUAACCAGGCCGACGGCGACUCUGCGGAGCGCGUGUGUCAGCUCAUGGCGCACUGCUUAUCGGCCUUCCAGCCCACACCACCUCUACACAAGUACCUAGUCCGCUUCGUGUCGGAACGCGCUCCCCCACGCGAGAGAGCUCAGCUGCUCCGCCUGCUGGGUUGCUCGGGAGCGGGCGUGGCGCGCGCGGCCGGCUCUGCACGACGGUGCCCACCUACCUUACUAGAAUGGCGAGCGCAGAGGACUGAUGCGCGACCCGCCUUGCCGUUGCGACUAUAUGAUGACUCAGUGCACCACGUGGCCGUGGAGCCGUGGACGUCGUGCGAGCGUGCUGCGGCGGCCGCCCUCGCUGCCGCCGGCGUGGCGAGGCGAGCCACCGGCUGGUCGCUUACCAUGGAACAUAAUGGACAACUCACCGAAUGGGCGGGCUGCGAGUUCGCUCUGGACGCAGUGGGCGAGCUGGAGACGUGGGCCGCGCUCCCCACCGCGCGCAGCGAGGCGCUCCGCGGCGCCGGGCGCGGACACACGCCGCCCGCGCCGCCGCCGCGCGCCUCGGUGGAGCCCGAGCGCUCGCCCGCCGCCAGACCCAUGGUGCCACCACCCGAACCGCCAAAAUCCCGCUCGCCGAGCAUCGGGCGCCUACUCCAAGACUCCAUGGACGACGGCAUGUCCGAGUACACCUGGAAGAUGGACAAGAUGGACCGCGAGCGCGAGCGGGAGGACUCCCACACCCUCACCAAACACGACUACUCCAGAAAAGUCUCACACGACAUCCUGUCGAGAGAAUCCGCGCUCAACGAGAGAUACUUUGAGCAGAAUUCUGAGAAAAUACGCAGCAGAUCUUUAGAUAAUCUACUUGGAGACAACCCUGUGCCGCAACCUACUAAACUAGCAGAUUUAGGGUUGUCGCAAUCUCGUUUAAACGACCGAUAUCAUUCAGUUGAAAGACUAGGCGGUGCACCUAGCGUGUCAAGCAGUAAAGGAGCUAUGGAGAUGGAGUAUGGAACCGGUUCAAGGGUGUUGCCGUCUCGGUACAUCAAGAGUCAGUACGCGGGUAAAAGGGCGCCGGCCGGCAGUCAGUCUACUCGCGCUUAUAUUGAGAAGAGCUCGGAAUUCGGCGGUGUCAGGUCUUCAGCAAUGUCAGACACCUCGGAAGCCCCAUCCCUAGCGUCGCACGUGCGGCGCGUGCGCGUGCCCUCGCAAGCGUCCGACGUGGACCAGUUCCUGGACGACCUGUUCUCGCCCGUGCUCGACCCCAACAUCGACGAGCUGUCCGACGCGCGCUCGCUCGCCGCCAGCAUCAAGGGCGGCUCCUACGCACACUUCAUCGACACUCUCCUCACCUGCGACUACAACGAACAGCUCCACGCGCUGGAAAACUCGCAGGAAAUGCGCAGGCUUAUCAAAGGAGGCGGGAAAGAAGAUAAGGAGAAGAGCAGCAGAAAGGAAUCCAGCGUAGAUUCCGUCGAUGAUUAUAUCACCAACCUCUUCGAUCCCAUCUUCAUGAACGACAGCUUAAAAAGAUUGACCGAUGGAGAAGGAUUGUCGGGCGCGAUCAAAGGAGGCGGAGUUACUCCGAGAGCAGCCUCAGCUAAUACAUCAGCGCUUAGCUUCAGUGCCAUGUCACCUAUAUCCAUGCCCGCUACGCCGGAAGCGCUAGCGGCAGCGUUAGGCCUUCAUCUACCACCGUCUGGUACGGUGGACAUGAAUGUUUAUCAUCAGAAUUUACAGCGCGCGUUCUUGCAAAGCGCGAUGGCGCAGAAUCUUCAGAUUCAGCAGCAGCUUUUAGCUCAGAAUCAGGCGCUACAGACUUUGUUAGCCGGUCAGGUGGUCGAGCCUUCGGAGUCGGAGCCGACGUCGCCGGUGCGAGCGUCCACGGUUGUUCACGCACAAGUACAUUCCCCUCCCAGGCUUUCAGUCACAAAGUCAAGGCGAGAAUCAAACGAGAGCUCUUCCACGGGCGCUCCACCGCCGCCCCCUCCGCCUAUGCCUCCACCACUACACGCCACAGACCCCUCUGAAGUUCGUGGCUUUAUGGACCCCUACGGCCGCGCAAAAACUGUGCGCAUCGGAAAAUGGCGGUGGCCCCCGCCUAAAGAUGCUAACGGCCAGGACAUAAAUCAAGACUUCACUAAGUUCAAGCUACGUCAAAUACAAAGAAGACACACUCCACAGUCACAGACGAAUGGUGAGCACGAACCACGCGGCCGGUCGCGGUCGGAGGCUUCGCCGAGUAUAGAAUGGGAGGAGUUUGAAGUGGACGGGCCAGUGGUAUCCCCCAGUCGCGAGCCGCCAUCUCAGAGGACGGCGAGAAGAAGCUUCGAAAUCGGAGCUCAGCGCCCGUCCCCUGGAAGCGUCGGCAAACUAAAGCUUAGUUCAGAAAUGAGGCAAAGGUUGGAGCGCGUGACGGCUAAUCACUCGGUGCGCAGCUCCUCAUCGGCAGCCGAAACUCCGCGCACGGUUAACAAGCUAGAAGACACGAGGAAGUUAAUGUUGGAGCGACAAUUAGGAGGCGGCGCGAGAUGGGACGCGCCCCCGCCCCCGCUGCCCCCCGCGCCGCCCGGGCCGGCGCCGCCGCCGCCGCUGCAGCCGCCCACUCCUCCAGACAGACCCGCGCCGCCGCCGCCUGUCCCUGAGUCCUCAUCGUUCGCUCAACUUCGACGCGACCGUGACACGUUCGGCGUCCAUCAGAAUAGGGAAGCCGACGACAGGCACGCGUUCUUAGCUAACUGGAACUCUAGGCGACGAGACGAGCCCGAUUCUGGGUCACGGGACGAUUUAGCCACUCGUUUCUUAACCGCUGACAGGAGGGAGCACCGCGUUCGUGAUGACUGGGGUGACGAAUCUGACAUCCGCAGCUUCAACGAUGACAGACAACAUCGGGACGAGUGGGACUCCGAGUCCGGGCUGGACGCCCACGACAGGCGAGACAUGAGAGACAUGCGCGACAACUUCUCCGGUCGCGACGCUUCAGAAAUCUAUGAAAUACAUCCGACGAGAGCUGAGCGUCGGAAAGAAAACGGCCAUGACGAUUUCGACCGCAAACGGUCACCAUACUCCGACGAUUUCGAAAGGUUCGACGGUCGGAAGAAUUCCCGGGAUAUGUUGGUCGGGCGAGCGCGGGAUAGCCCGCGGUCGGACGCCGGGUUUAAUGACAACGAUACUGCUAAACGUGCGACAUUCAAGACACAUAUGGCGCAGAAGGAACGGGAUCGCAAGAUGGAGGCGGAGCGAAGGCAUUCCGUGUCGACGCAUGUCACGGAUCGGACGGAACAUAUUGAACGUGACGUCCCAGCGCCGGCCGCUCUGCUGCCGUCGUCGGACCGCGCCUUCCUGACGUACUCGCGCGUGCCGUGGCGGCUCCGCGUGCGCAAGGAGAUAUUCACGCCCAAUGAGACCUACAGCGACCCCGCUGUUCUAGACCUCAUUUAUGCACAAAUCGUCAGCGACAUCACAUCAACCGCGUCAUCGCUCCGUAUCAACGCAAGCGAGCGUCGCGCGGGCGCCGCCUGGCUGCGAGCGGCCGGCGCGUCACCCGCGCGACAAGCCAAGCGGCAACUCAUAGAGAUGGCCAGAGGCUGGCCGUUCUACUUCGCAAGAUUGUUCUCAGCUAGAGUACCGCCUGGAGAGAGCGCGGUGCUAGCUGUAUCGCAUAAUGGUGUUACUAUUGGAGUUAAAGGGCCAACGGGUCUCACAGUUCGUCGCUCGCUGCCGCUGGCGGUCUCCGCGCAGCCGCACCCGCACCGCAAUCCCUACAGCUGUCACCAGCCAGGGAGCCGCCGCUCACGCUCCACGCCCCCCUGGCGCACCAAGCCGCCUCACUCAUCUCGGACCUGGCGCAGCAGGCGGACCAGGUCCAACCGAAAGCGAUCACAAAUGGCAUCGCCAAGGACCGCGUGGAGCACGUUCGCGAGCGGAACGAGUCCCGCGAAUCCCGGGACUCCCGGGACAUGCGGGACCCGCGGGACGCGCGGGAGUCCCGGGAGUCCCGCGACGAGACGGAGCAUGCGCCGCGACACGCUUCGCCCGUCAGGGAACGAGAGAGGGAGAGGGACAGAGAACGGGAGAUGAGGGAGGAUAGAAGAGAGCAGACAACGCCGCAGCAUGACGGAAGGCAUCCGUUACUGCAGUUCGCUGUGGAUCAUUUCCGACAGAGCCCUGAACUAGAAAUCCUCAAAGCCGACUCAUCACUAAAGAGCAAAGCAAAGCGCAACGAAUGGACCUGGAAGGCCCAGACCGACGUGGUGAAAUGGCAGGCCACGGCGCUCCGCGCUCCGCUGUUGCGCCUGCCGCCGGCGCUG